AUGAAUGGUAACAACACAGGAAUUCUGGAAUUGAGGCUGCUUGGUUUUUCUGGCUCACAAGAUUUCCGCCACAUGCUCUUUUCCAUAUUCUUCCUCCUAUAUAUGGUGAUAAUAAUUGGGAAUUCAGUCAUAAUUAUUAUGGUGUGCAUGAACUGCCAUCUCCACUCCCCCAUGUAUUUCUUUCUCAGUAACCUCUCUGCUAUGGAGAUUUUUAUCACAUCGGUGGUUACUCCUACCAUGUUGGAGGGGUUGUUGACCACCCAGAUUCAAACAAUGUCCUUCGGUACAUGUAUAGCUCAACUCUACAUUUACCUUUCUGUGGGGACUUCAGAGUUUGUGUUGUUGGCAGCAAUGGCUAUAGACCGAUACGUAGCUAUCUGUAAUCCCCUGAGGUACAGCCUCAUCAUGAACCACCAUGUCUGCCUCUUGAUGGCUCUCACAUGCUGGGUAUUUGGGUUUCUGUUCCAAAUCUGGCCAGCUGUUGCAACAUACCAUCUUUACUUCUGUGGGCCAAAUACAUUGAAUCAUUUUUACUGUGAGAGAGGCCAGUUGCUCAGACUCACUUGUGGUGACAGCAGAUUUCAGCAGUUCAUCCUUUUCCUGAUGGCAGCUUUCGUUCUUUUUGGCACUUUGCUUCCAACCAUCAUCUCCUACAUCUACAUCAUCUGUACCAUCCUGAGGAUCCCUUCUGUUUCUGGCCGGAAUAAGGCCUUCUCCACCUGUGCCUCCCACUUCACUGUGGUGGUGAUAGGCUAUGGCACAUGUCUGUUUCUCUAUGUGAAGCCCAAGCAGACCCAAGCGGCUGAGUAUAACAAGAUGAUUUCCCUGAUGACAUCAGUGGUGACUCCGUUGCUGAACCCCUUCAUCUUCACUCUGAGGAAUGACCAAAUCAAGAAGGUUCUCAUAGAUGGAGUAAAACGAUUAAGUCAUUUCUUAAAGAAGUAG